UAUGUUAUAAUAGAAUAUUACAUCUUGUCUAACUGUUUUUCUCUAUAUAAUUAUCCGAUAAAGUACUUUCAUUUUCAACCCAGUAAACACCAAGUAACAUCAAUGUCACUUGUUUAGUGGGAAUCUAGUAAGAUAUAUAUUACAUAUAAAUAAUAAUGAUACAACAUAUUUGUAACAUUCAUAAAAUAAAAUUAAUAGUGAAAUCUUUAUACAACAAAAAAAUUACUUUCGCGCUAUGUAAAAUGUAAAUUCACAUAUGUUAUAUAUCCACUAUAUUAUUGCGUCGACUUUUCCCUCCUUAUCAAACAUACAUGCUUAAAGAGGCGAAAAACCAAGAAUAAAAUUGAAUGUUUUUAAUUAUAAAAAAUUAUAUCAAAUUCACUCGGGUCACCUUUUGACAAGUAACUAAAAAAAUUCAUCGAAAUUGAACCACUUUAAUCCUUCUUUCCUAAGCUGCCGUUAAAUUUGUACAAUAUAGACGUUUUUAUAUGUUUUUUCGACGUCUUUCUAAAUGCCGUUCUUUUCUUGUUAUAAACUUUCAAGCCGCACUAUGAAAGGAUGUUACCUGAGUUACUUUUUUGUUGCUGAAAAGUUACUCUUCAAAUUUGACAAAAAGAUGUUUGUCGUCACUACUUCAGUUCCUGGAUGGCGGCAUUGAAACUAUUCAUCUACAUCAGAUAGAUGGAAAUCGUGAUAUGUUAGUUGGAGCGACUAUACGCAGGCUGGUCUAACAUGUUCUUAUGGAAAUGCACAAUUUCGAGCUUUGCGUCUCUUAUUUUUACUCGAUAUCAGCUCUAAUUUGUAAUAUUUCGAGAAAAGAAUCGAUCGAUUGAUCGAGAAGAAAGAUGAAGCACAUUCGAGCAGUCGGUGACGAAGCUCCGUCGAUAAACAGCUUUUACCCAACGCUAUCCCGCAGCCGUCCGAAGGUUUCUCAUCAGAGACGCGGAAUGUCACCACUGUAGCCCCACCGUCUUCCCUAGCAACCCAUUCUUCCGUCCGUCCGUCCUGCAACUAGCUUGCGCGCAACUCGUGCUGUGACUGCGUGAAAUGUGUACGUUUAUUCUAAAUACGUUCGAAUCGUCGGAUAGCGCGACGGCGUGAAAAUGGCGGUGUGAAAAAAAAUGGCAGGACGCAGGUCGACGCUGGCAGACUCGCUGCCGGGCACGGGCGGCGGCGGUAGCGGCGAUCCGCUCCGUGAACUUUUCGAGGCUUGCAAAACCGGCGAUCUCGCCAAGGUGAAGGCAUUGGUCACCCCGAAGACGGUCAACGCCCGCGACACCGCUGGACGCAAGUCUACCCCUCUGCAUUUUGCAGCUGGAUACGGUAGAAAGGAGGUUGUAGAAUUUCUCUUAUCCGCCGGUGCUUCGAUUCAAGCCCGCGACGACGGUGGUCUACAUCCGCUGCACAAUGCAUGUUCCUUCGGGCAUUCCGACGUCGUGAGAUUACUCCUGGAAGCAGGAGCGAACCCAAACACAAGAGACAAUUGGAACUACACACCUCUGCACGAGGCAGCCAUCAAGGGUAAAAUAGACGUGUGUAUUGCUCUGCUACAGCAUGGGGCAGAUGUAAACAUUAGGAAUACAGAAGGAAAGACUGCGUUAGAACUGGCUGAUCCCGCCACUAAGCCGGUUCUAACGGGAGAGUAUAGGAAGGACGAGCUCUUGGAAGCCGCUCGAUCCGGAAACGAGGAACGACUGUUGCAGCUGUUGAAUCCGCUAAAUGUCAAUUGUCACGCUAGUGACGGGAGGAGAUCGACGCCUCUUCACCUAGCGGCUGGAUAUAACAGAUCCAGGGUUGUGCAGAUCCUUCUUCAGAACGGCGCGGACGUGCACGCGAAGGACAAAGGAGGUCUCGUGCCACUUCACAAUGCCUGUUCGUACGGCCAUUUCGAAGUGACUGAGGCGCUUUUGAAGCACGGCGCCGCCGUUAAUGCCAGUGACCUUUGGACCUUUACUCCGUUGCACGAAGCUGCGAGUAAAUCCAGAGCGGAGGUUUGUUCUUUGCUGUUGAGCGAAGGUGCGGACCCGAUGCAAUUGAACUGCCAUAGUAAAAGCGCCAUCGACGUAGCACCGACGCUCGAAUUACAAGAAAGACUAGCCUACGAAUACAAGGGUCACUGCCUGUUGGACGCCUGCAGGCAAGCGGAUCUUACAAAGUUGAAGAAAUAUCUGUCUCAAGAAGUGGUCAACUUCAAACAUCCUUACACCGGGGACACGCCGUUGCACUGCGCAGUGGCGUCACCUUAUCCGAAGAGGAAGCAAGUUGUCGAGGCCUUGGUCAGAAAGAAUGCUGCCAUGAACGAGAAGAAUAAGGACUUUCUGACGCCGCUUCACGUAGCGACCGAUCAUUCGCAUUACGAUGCGAUGGACAUAUUACUUCGACAUAACGCGAAGGUCAACGCGCUGGACGGCUUGGGCCAGACCGCACUGCACAGGUGCGUCAGAGAGGAUAACGUGCAGGCCUGCCGGAUACUUUUGCUGUACAACGUCGAUCCUUCGAUAGUGUCGCUUCAAGGAUACACCGCGGCACAAAUCGCCGCCGAAAACGUGCUCAAGAUUUUGCAAGAUCCGCCGAGCGGUGGUGCCGCGGACGACGCAGAGGCGCAACUACUGGAGGCGAGCAAGUCGGGAGACCUCGCCGCAGUGGAGAGAAUUUUGCAAGCCAAUCCACACGCCGUGAAUUGCCGCGAUUUGGACGGAAGGCAUUCGACUCCGCUACACUUUGCAGCGGGCUUCAACAGAGUGCCGGUUGUCGAGUAUCUAUUGGCACACGGCGCGGAUGUACAUGCCAAAGAUAAAGGCGGCUUGGUUCCUCUUCACAACGCUUGCUCGUACGGACACUACGAAGUUACGGAAUUAUUGGUGAAGCACGGUGCAUCGGUAAACGUUGCCGAUUUAUGGAAAUUUACGCCGCUUCACGAGGCUGCCGCCAAGGGCAAGUAUGAAAUAGUUCGAUUACUUUUGAGACACGGAGCGGAUGCCACCAAGAAGAAUCGAGAUGGCGCAACCCCGUUGGAUUUAGUGAGAGACGGUGACCAGGACGUAGCGGAUUUGCUGCGUGGAAAUAGCGCUCUGCUCGACGCAGCGAAGAAAGGAAACUUGGCCAGAGUCCAGAGAUUGGUUACGCAAGACAACAUUAACUGCCGGGAUGCGCAAGGGCGCAACAGUACUCCGUUACAUUUAGCUGCGGGCUACAACAACUUGGAAGUAGCUGAAUUCUUACUCGAACGCGGGGCGGAUGUAAACGCGCAAGACAAGGGCGGCCUCAUCCCUCUGCACAACGCGUCGAGUUACGGUCACUUGGACAUUGCAGCCUUGCUCAUUAAAUACAACACCGUGGUGAAUGCGACGGACAAAUGGGGAUUUACGCCACUUCACGAAGCCGCGCAGAAAGGCCGAACGCAGCUGUGCGCUCUUUUGCUCGCGCACGGCGCCGAUCCUUUCCUGAAAAAUCAGGAAGGGCAGAGUCCGGUGGAUCUAGCCAGUGCGGACGAUGUAAGGUGUUUACUGCAAGACGCUAUGGCUUCCCAACAAGUCGUCCCGUCGGUACCGUCCGGUAACAUGAUGAAUAACGGCAGUUCCGUCACCGUUAGCAGACCGCCUAGUAUCGUAUCCGUUCCAGUCACACCGCCACCGCCUCUCACUCAGGAAACGGUCAUUAUGCCGUCCGGCGCAGCUAUGAUUCUGUGUGUACCAUUGGCACGUCCGACGUCGUGCCUGAGUCCGAUGCCACCGAGUGAGCAGCCGUGUCCCCCCGAGAAAGAACCCAAAGAACUGUGUAAGGAACACGCUUCCAUCACCACUGUUGCCGGCUUCUUGCAGAGUCUCGGUCUGGAACACUUGCUCGAAUUGUUCGAACGCGAACAAAUCACAUUGGAUAUACUGGCGGAAAUGGGUCACGAGGAUUUGAAACAGGUCGGAGUGUCGGCUUACGGUUACAGGCACAAACUGAUCAAAGGUAUGGACAAGCUGUUGAACACGGCGGCGGGCUCUCUCUGGCAACCCUCUGUAAAUCCUGGCACACUGCUGGUGGACUUGCUAGCCGAAGAUAAAGAAUUUCUAGCUGUUGAAGAGGAAAUGCAGAGCACUAUCAGACAACACAGAGACAACGGCCAUUCCGGUGGUAUCUUCUCUCGAUACAAUAUAGUCAGAAUACAGAAGGUUCAGAACCGUAAGUUGUGGGAGCGUUACGCUCACAGGAGGCAAGAAGUGGCCGAGGAAGUCGGCGCCGCCGCUCCAGCUUCUCCCAGUACAGGACUCAGAAAUACUCCCAGCUCGGCAGUGCCGCAAGCGAACGAGAGAAUGCUGUUUCACGGUAGCCCGUUCAUCAAUGCUAUCGUACAGAAAGGCUUCGAUGAACGGCACGCGUAUAUCGGUGGAAUGUUCGGUGCUGGUAUAUAUUUCGCGGAACACAGUAGCAAGAGCAAUCAAUAUGUUUAUGGUAUAUGCGGCGGCACCGGAUGUCCCGCUCACAAAGACAGAAGCUGUUACAUUUGUCAUAGGCACCUGUUACUGUGUAGAGUUACACUCGGCAAAUCGUUUCUACAAUUCUCAGCGAUGAAAAUGGCACACGCGCCUCCCGGGCACCAUAGCGUAAUGGGCAAACCGUCGCAAGGUGGCUUGGUAUUCCCCGAGUACGUCGUCUACAGAGGCGAACAAGCAUAUCCCGAAUAUCUCAUCACGUAUCAGAUUGCAAGACCGCAGCAAGAAACCAACGAAGGUGUCGAGGAACGGUGAUCGGUGGAAGAGCCGGCAGCGGGUCCUGCGGCAAGAUUGCGUAGUCUCUGUUGCUGUCAAAGACCGAGGGCAUGCGGCGCACUGUCGCGUACGUAAAGAGCGCUCCGAAUUCAAGUCUAACACUAGUUCUUCCAUUUUUAUUAAUUGAAAGAAUCUGGCAAAAAUAACACGUAGUCAAGAGAGGAACGUAAGAUAUUUCAUUCCGAGACAGACAGACAGAGAGAAAGCAUUAUUUAUUCGGCGCUUUUUGGGAUAAAUCUUCUCACGCGAGCGAGCGAGAGAGAGAGAGAGAGAGAGAGAGAGAGAGAGAGAGAGAGAGAGAGNUUCGAUAUAUCCCAACAAUGUACUUGUGAAGAAAAAGAAAUAGCCGCUGUAACGCCUUAUUUUCAACAUUUGUGAUCCGUUGUAAUAUUCGAGAGAUCAUUUAAUCCAAUCGUCAAAUCGACCCUUUACGGUGAAUGUACAUUGAUCAAGAUGUAAAUAUCGAUACAUGAUUGCAGUACAUCUCUUACAUCACACUUGAUGUCGAUUAGUGUGUUCGUAGAGUUAGUCAGUAUUAAAGAAUGUAUCGUAAUGUACUCUUGUAGAUUUGUAUAACAAAAAUUAAUUUAUAUUAACACGCGUUACGAUGGUUUAAUGUGGGCGGAUGGACACAGCGAUACGUUCGAUCGAACCAUUUAAGAUGUAGUAUAAUUUGCUCGACGUCUAUAACACGAUCUGCUAGCUUGUAUAAAUAAAAUUUAUCUAUUUGACACACACACGCACACGCACGCACGCACGCAUAAAAGUUUCUUUUUUACAAGAUAAUAUCCCUGUGUUAUCUACUUGCUAUAAAAUUUAUUUGCAUCGCGUGGUUGUAAAUCUGCUCAGAUCCAAAAAAAUUUGGAUAAAUUACACGCAGAGUAUUAUUCUAUUUAUAUAAUUAAAAAAUUACAAAUUAUAUAUAUAUAUAUAUAUGAAAUCAUUUAUAUAAAAUGUAUCUUGCAUUUCAGACUCAACUUGCGAUGCAUAUAAAUUUAUAGUCACGAUAACCAAGUAUUGUAAUGUAAUGUAAAUUAUUAUCAGCUUUUGUAUUUCGUAAGUAUAAUCAAUGGGGUUCGUGUUCAACACUGUACAGUCCUUUUUUUCAUUUUUAACAAGAUAAUAUAAUGAUUUUAUCAACCUGUUUUUGCGGAAAAAGAAGAAAUGUUACGCAAUUAGUUCAAAAAAUGAGAUCAACGAUUAAUUUAUAAACAAAAUUUAUGAAUUACGUAAAUUAAGUAAAUUAUCUCGGGGCAUACCGUUCGAAGUUUUUCCUAAGCGAAAUUGAAAGCAAACAUGCUCUUUGAUCUCAAUAUGCGCUCUCAAAUCAUUAUCAUGAUUUAUCAAAUACAAAACUAUACAUCUCAUAAACAUACAAAGAGAGAAAGAAUAUCGCGCGAAUGCAUAAAAGAGAAAAGGAUAACGGAAGAUUUGUUACAUGACGUAAUUUCGCUGCUGCAGUCUCGACAGUUAUGGUGGCGCGUUUAUGAAAAUACAGUUCAUUUCUCAAAACAAAGCGUUACUCCGAUCAACUACUGAUAUCCGAAUGAUUUUUGCGCUGUUGUAUCCGCUCCAUUAUUAAUAUUACAAUAUCUUUUUGUAAAGCAGAUAAUAUGCAGUAUGAUGAGCUGGUACGAAAGCGCGUACCAUUGUGUUCUAAUUGUACAAGAGAACAAGAGACUUGUAAGCAAAAACAAUGGACUUUCUUUAAUUGUUAA